AUCAAAAUCGGACGACAGACCAAUGCAAAGACUGUACCCGGGGAGAGGAAUGCUUGUUUCGACUCGAAGGUCCUGUCCAGGACUCACGCAGAAAUAUGGGAGCACAGCGGCAAGAUCUACAUCAAGGAUGUCAAAUCGUCCAAUGGAACGUUCAUCAACGGCGAGAGGCUGUCACAAGAAGGCAUCGAGUCUCACCCGCAUGAGCUCAAGUCGGAAGACAUUGUGGAAUUCGGAAUAGAUAUCGUCUCUGAAGACAACAGAAUGAUCGUUCAUCACAAGGUCGCGGCCAAAGUGUAUUGUGUGCUGAAUGCGGUGGACGCGAAUCUGAGCGCGAGGGAAUUACAAAAUUAUCAAGGUCAAGAUUCCCGGUCGAGACGAGCCAACGGGGCCAGUCAAGGCAAUCCUUUGGCGCAAUCUGGUCAACCGGUCAUGAGUGCCGGAGGCAAGCCCAAUGCCCUCAGCUUCAACCACGUCUUGCACAAACUACAGACCGAACUCGCAAAAAGUAAAGAGACUGGCUCAGCUCUUCAAAAUCUGACUACCGCCAUGACGGACAUACAGGACACUUUAGGAGGUGGACUGCCACCAUCGCAAAACGGUUCCGCGGCUCAGUUCAUUCCUCCCCAAUUCCGAUCGACAGCUGCAGAGGCUCAGGCAGCACUCGCAGGUCCUCAUGGUCAACAGGCAGCAGCCUUCAUCUCCUUACAAAAUCAGCUCACCGAGACCCACACUUCCCUUGAUAGCCAUUUGGAUAAAAUACGUCAGCUGGAGAGUAAGCUGCAAGAGCAUGAAAGUCUCAGGGCGGAGAUCUCUUCACUCAGGUCACAGAUGGAGCAAGGUAAACAAGAGAUGGAGCUGGUCUUCGCCAAUGCUCGGGGUCGCCAAAUCAUGAGGAAUUUUCCCGGUGAUGUGGAUGAGGACGACGAGGAUGGAGCCAGCGACGAUGAUGAUGCCAGGAGCACUAUCACUUUGAUGGCGAACGAAGACGGCACUCAGCGAGCCCGGCCCAAACCUGGUGGAAGGGCAAAAGGUAUAAUACCAUCUGAGGAACCCCAGAAUGGUCAUUCGGAUGAUGAGACACCUUCCUUCGAACAAGUUGCCAACGGAGUGGACAAGCCACACGACGUCGAGCUCGAAUCCAGACUGCAGAGUCUAUCUGCAGAGGUCGCAGAAGCGGUGGCCUUAUCUCGAACGCUUCAAACUCAGCAUAGCGAGGCCAUUACAGCUGUCAAGCUACUGACCGAUCGUGUGGGCUCGCUGGAGCAUGGCAUACAAAGCCGUAUAGCGGAAGAAGUCCUGAAGUCUGAACAACGAUGGGAUACAUGGAGGGCCAAAUUCGAGGAGGGAUGGCGGAAGGAGCGCGAGAGCUGGAACGCGGAGCGGGAGCGUCUGCGUGGCGUGGUCCGCGAAUGGGAGGAAGCUAGUCGUCGGGCGCAUGAAGAGGAAGAAGAGCGGGAGUUGAACGAGAGCCUCAGCGAGGAUGGAUUUGAGGAGGAAGGAGAUGAGGAUGAAGAUCUGGCGGGAGACGACGCUGGAGGACGCGAUGUCGAAGAAGGAGAGCUAUUGACACUGGACACUCUGGAAUGGCAAGGUCCGAACUCCAUAUCCCCAAAAUCACGGCGUGCCCGAGGAUCAGCAUCAUCAGGAAGUUCAGGUUCAGGACCACGCAAACCUCGUCGUCGACGUCCAAGCAAUCGAGCUGCCUUGGCCGUAUCUGCCCUGAAAGGAGUUGCUGGACUUGAAGAUGGACCGCCCGGAUCGACGACUCCCCGCGCGGAACUUUCACCUCUGGAUGCGAAUGCGCCGAUCCUGACUCCUGGCAGUGGCAGACUCAAUGGCAAGCUUGGACGUGGCAAAAUCGGAGGUAGCUUGUUGUCCCGGACAAUGAGCGGAGAGACGUUCAAGAAACGUUCAGGGAGUGGCGGAAAAUCAAGUAGUGAGAGUGGAAAGGACAGCGCAGACACAUUGAAAGAGGAGGACGAGGGUAAUUCGGCGGAUUAUGUGGAACGCAACACUAAAGAGAAGCAAGGCGGUGGCGAUGUGAUACCCCUUGGAAUGUUCAGCGUUUUGGUCGUGGCUGUUGUUGCUGGAGCCAUAUAUUACAAGAACAGGGAAUAGGAUCAUGUGUAGUAUAUGUAUCACUAGUGUGAUUAUGCUGGGAGGCGCUUGUCGCUCUGGGCAUGCUAUGAGUACUACGGUG